GCCCGCCCGCGCGCCCUCCGCGCCGCCUCGCCUGCUGCCUGCUGCCUGCCUGCCGGGCCGGCGGCGGCCCAGGCCGUCCCGAUGCCCGAGCCAGGCCCCAGGAUGAACGGCUUCUCGCUGGGCGAGCUGUGCUGGCUCUUCUGCUGCCCGCCCUGCCCGAGCCGCAUCGCCGCCAAGCUGGCCUUCCUGCCGCCCGAGCCCACCUACACGGUGCUGGCGCCCGAGCAGCGCGGCCCGGGCCCCGGCGCGCCCGCCCCGGCCACGCCGGCGCAGGCGGCGCCGCAGCCGGCGGAGGAGGGCGCGGGCCCGGGCGUGUGCAGCCUGCACCUGAGCGAGCGCGCCGACUGGCAGUACACGCAGCGCGAGCUGGACGCCGUCGAGGUCUUCUUCUCGCGCACGGCCCGCGACAACCGGCUGGGCUGCAUGUUCGUGCGCUGCGCGCCCUCCAGCCGCUACACGCUGCUCUUCUCGCACGGCAACGCCGUGGACCUGGGCCAGAUGUGCAGCUUCUACAUCGGCCUGGGCUCGCGGAUCAACUGCAACAUCUUCUCCUACGACUACUCGGGCUACGGCGUCAGCUCGGGCAGGCCCUCCGAGAAGAACCUGUACGCCGACAUCGACGCCGCCUGGCAGGCCCUGCGCACCCGGUACGGCGUGAGUCCGGAGAACAUUAUUCUGUACGGUCAGAGCAUUGGAACCGUCCCCACCGUAGACCUGGCCUCCCGGUACGAGUGUGCGGCGGUCAUUCUCCACUCGCCUCUCAUGUCCGGCUUGCGCGUGGCUUUUCCCGACACCAGGAAAACGUACUGUUUCGAUGCUUUCCCCAGCAUUGACAAGAUAUCUAAAGUCACCUCUCCUGUGUUGGUCAUUCAUGGGACAGAGGAUGAGGUCAUUGAUUUCUCCCACGGCCUGGCCAUGUACGAGCGCUGUCCCCGAGCCGUGGAGCCCCUGUGGGUUGAAGGGGCCGGGCAUAACGACAUAGAGCUUUAUGCACAAUACCUAGAAAGACUAAAACAGUUCAUAUCUCACGAACUUCCUAAUUCCUGAAGACAACUUGAUUUUACCUCAUUUACUGUGAACACAAAAGUCCUCUGUUUUGCACACGCUUUAACUGGAUAGUGCUAAUGGCACGUGGACCACAGGACGUGCCGGCCUGUUGGGUGUUCUAAUCAAACAGUCUUGUAUCUAGAGGUUUUCUACUCAUUCACACACUCCAUUACACCGAACUAUUGUGAUUUCCAGCUUCAUUACCUUUCAGGAGUGGGACUGAGAGCUGAGGGUGGGGCCGGGCCUCUCGUGCUGUAGACAGGAUGGUCCCAUCUGGGUCUCCACCUCACCCAUCACUGACGAUUCAUUCCUGCAGGACACCGCCCUCCCUCCCCAAAUGUUCUCAGUAUUUGACAGCAGUCCUUUCAGCCACUAGAUUCAUGGGGUCCGCCCAUUUGUGAAGCUGUGAUAGACUAACUGGAAAACUAUGGUGAUGAAAAUUCCUUUGUUAACUUUUGUCAACAUGCCAGUUUUUCCCACAAACAGAUCAUUGGAAGGGUAAUUUACUGGAAAUAUCACAAACAGCUUCAUCAACUGGAACCACAGAAUAUAACUGGAAUAUUCUUCAACAAAAGGAAACUGGGGUUUUUUUUUUAAGUGUAAAUUUAUUACUAGUCAACAGAGUUUUCAUAUUUUGAUUGUCUGGUUGGUCUAACAAAGAGCCUAGCCGACUUUCCUUCUGCAAAGUCUGCCUUAUAGGCUUUUUUAAAGUCCUGUACAUAGUUGCAAUUACAUUGUGCAUAGAUUCUUAAUGGGUAGUCGUCUUUUGUCAGGAUACAAUGAACUGCAGAUUCCUUGUUUGUAAUGUAAAUGAUUGGAUACAUUUUGUUAAUAUGUUUUUAUUCCUAUGUUUUGCUAUUAAAAAUUUUAUAACAUUUGCAGGACAAAAAAAAUUCCAAGUUUAUGCUUUGAAGAAUUUAUGUAAUUAAAAUUUCACUAAACUAAUCUUUUUAGUUUAGCAGUUAUUUGGGUUUUGACACUGGAGUUGCAUCAAAUAAGCCUCAGAAAUGUUAAGAUGCUUAAAAUUACUACACUGCUUGUAUUGGUUGGGAUUUGGGUUUGGAGGUUUUCUUGGUUUUAUUUAAAAGAAUUUUUUUUUCCAAAUUUAAAAGCCUUAAAUGUACUGUAAGCCUCAGAUCAUUGUACAGCUGGAUUGCAGCCGAUGGCCGGUUUGUGUACUGUUGCUUGGAUGCGGCUCAGCGGUUGGUCAUGGAAUAAAGGAUGCAUGAUCAG